AUGUUUCCGGAAAAAUUUGAAGAAAUGUUAAUCUAUAUAUUCAUUAUAUUCAUUUGUGUUAUAGUUUUUGUAAUACUUUAUAUUACAAUACUAAAUAAAAAAGAAAAAGAAAUUACUGUGUUUAUUAAAAUUAUUGAUAAUUCACCAUCACAAGAUAAUGUUAUAAAAAAAUUAAACCCAGAUGAUCAUUUAUUCAAAAUUCGUAAAGAACUCGAAAGUAGCAAUGUCAUUAAUGAUAAUCUAUUAUUUUCAAAAAAAGUAAACGAAGAAUUCGGUGAAUUGAAACGUGAAGAUGAAGAAAAAUUUUUUUUAAAUGAAACUUUAACAGUUGAAAACGGUCAAGAUACUUUAUAUUUGACGGCUAAAAAAGAAAAUUCUAAAGAAAUUAAUGUAUUUAUUAAAAUUAUUGAUAAUUCGCUAUUACAAGGUCAUAUUAUGAAAAAAUUAAAUUCAGAAGAUCGUUUAUCCGAAAUUCGUAAAGAACUCGAAAGUGGCGAUGUCAUCAAUGAUAUGCUAUUAUUUUCAAAAAAAGAAAAUAACGAAUUCGGUGAGUUGAAACGUGAAAAUGAAGAAAAAUUUCAUUUAAAAGAAGUUAUAAAAAUUGAAAAUGAUCAAAAUAUUUUAUAUUUAAAACGGGUUUAUUGGGAAUUUUUGAGUAAUCAACACAAACUAGAUUAUGGACGAAUUAUGAGUUUUGAUGGAAUUAAGAUAGCUAAAAAACAAGCAUAUAAAAUAAAUCAAUGUGAGUUAAAAGAAAUUAAUAGUUAUAAAAAACCUCAACUUGAAUUUAAAUCGGAAGAAGAUUGGAUGAAGAAAACAAAUUUAUUUUUUAAUGUCGAUGGGAUUAACAUAAAGAAUUUUGUAAAGUUAGGGUUAUCAGUCGGAAGUUUACGAAAUAAAAGUUUUAAAAAAGAAGAUAUGUCAACUCAUCAAUAUACGGAAAUUGGUAAAGUGUCAUUGAAAUUCAACAAAACGGAUUUAAAAUUAACUGACAAAUUUGAAACGGACGUAAAAAAUGCCAUAAAUUCCAAAAAUCCUAUAGAAGUAUUUAAGAAAAUUACCGAAGAAUAUGGUCAACUCAUUCCAACUGAAGUUAUUUUAGGAGGAAGAGUCUACUUUAAUGAUGUUAAAAAGUCAUCUACCAGUUUAACAGAUACCUCUAAUAACGUUUCUGGAAAUAUAGGUGUCGGAUCUUCAAGAGCAAAUGUAGGAGUUGAUUUUAAUAAUUCAGAAAAAACUUCGGAAUUUUAUAAUUUCAAUCAUAUAAAAUUACUUGGAGGAAAGCAUCCUGAUGAUAAAAAUUUUGAUGAAAAAGCUUGGAUUGAAUCUUUAAAAGAUUAUCAAAAUUGGGAGUGUAUUGAAUUUAGAAAUCCCAUUAGCAUUUUUCAGCUCUUAGAUGAUGAAUUGCGUAAACAAACCUUUGAAACUAUUGGAAAGAGGAUCAUUCACACUAAUACUGAAGAUUGUGUUUAUCAUUUAAAUGAAUGUGGAAGGCAUAAUGUUUUUGAAUUAAACAAUAUUUCACAGGAUAUUUUAGAAAUCAUUCAUGAUGAAGAAGCUGAUUGUGAUGUCUUUGCAUCAGUUUAUGAAGCUAAUGAAAAUUCAAAAAAUGUUUUUUUUAACUGUCAAAUUUUAAGAGAACCAAGUGCAAAACCAUGUAUUAUAAUUCAUGGUAUCCGAAAAGAUUUUAAACAAUGUAGAUAUAACUUGAAAGUUAGGAUAAUGAUUAGUGGAUAUGAUACAAAUUUUAAUUUCAUACUUCCAAAUACUAUUGGUGUCAAAUUAAUAAAAAAUGAUUAUGAUCCACAAAAUCCUUGUAAAUUUCAUAGCAUACCAUUACAACAAAAACUUGAUUUGAUGCUGGCAAAAAAUAUUCCUUUCUUUGGAAUUCCAGUAUUAGAAAAUUUAACCAAGUCACUCAUAAUAGGACAUAAUUUUCGCAAAGUCGAAAGUGAACAUAAAAUAGAUAUUUUUUCUUAUUGUUUAGAAAAAAAGUGUUAUGUCGAUUUACCCAAAGUUACUUUCUGCACACUUAUUAUUUCUAAUUAUCCUGAUCCUAAUUUUUAUGCAUCGCGUCUUUUUAAUUCUAAAUUACCAUCAAGAAAACCAUCAUAUAUUGAUCUUAAACCUAAUAGUAAUGAUCCAAAAUAUGUUAGUUUAUAUUUAUCAAAAAAUAAUGAUUAUAAUCCAAUUUUUUUGAGCCAAAAAAUUAAUCAAAUUAAAAUAAAAUAUCUUGAUUGUAAAUGUGAGGGAACUUGUUUUGUUUGUAGACAGAAAACAUUAAAAGUAUCAAAAAAAUAUGACGUCGAAUGUAUAUUAUUUGGUUAAUUAUAAGUUUCUUAUUAUUUAUUUUUAUCAUUGAAAUGAAUAUAAUGUAUAUUUAGUUAUAUAUUUA